AGCACUAUAUAUAGAGCUUGUUAGAUAGAACAUUAGAACCAUACUGUAUACAAAAAUGGAGAUUAAUGUCCUCAUUGUCAUUAGUUUGAGUUUAAUGUUAAUCCCUUUUGCUAAACCUCAAGGAGGAUUAAAAACCGGGUUUUACUCGUCUACAUGUCCCAAAGCUGAAGCGAUAGUGAGAUCAACGGUUGAGGCACACUUCAAGGAUGAUCCUACUGUUGCUGCUGGACUUCUCAGGCUUCAUUUUCAUGAUUGCUUUGUUGAGGGCUGUGAUGGGUCAAUCUUGAUCAAGGGAAAAUCUGCUGAGAUUACUGCACUGGCUAAUCUUGGAUUAAGAGGAUUUGAAGUCAUUGAUGAUGCUAAGACACAACUAGAAGCUUUGUGCCCUGGUGUUGUUUCUUGUGCUGAUAUUCUUGCAUUGGCUGCGCGCGAUUCGGUUGAUUUGAGUGACGGCCCAAAUUGGCCGGUACCAACGGGGAGACGAGAUGGCAGAGUAUCAUUGGCUUCUAAAGUAUCAAGUUUACCAUCACCGUUAGAUUCGGUUGACACCCAAAGAAGCAAGUUUGCUGCUAAAGGCCUUGACGAUAAAGAUUUAGUGACACUAUCUGGUGCACAUACAAUAGGCCAAACAGAUUGUAGAUUCUUUCGAUACCGUCUAUACAACUUCACAACAACAGGGAAUUCAGACCCGAGCUUGAGCCAGUCGGCUCUAGCCCAGUUCCAGAGCUUGUGUCCAAAGAACACCGAUGGCACAGAACGAGUGGCAUUGGAUAAAGACAGCCCAACAAAGUUUGAUGUUAACUAUUUCAAGAACGUGCGCGAUGGAAAUGGUGUUUUGGAGUCGGAUCAGAGAUUAUGGGGCGACCCGACGACUCAAAAGAUUGUGAGAAACUAUGCAGGAACAUUUAGAGGGUUGUUGGGAUUGAGAUUCGAUUUCGAGUUUAAAAAUUCUAUGAUCCAAAUGAGUAGCAUUGAAGUAAAAACUGGUACACAAGGGGAAAUUAGAAAGGUUUGUUCCAAGAUCAACUAAAUAUUGUGUAAAGAUUAAAGAACAGGUUGUUUAUGGUUAACUGUUUUAACGGUAUUGUAUCUUGUGUAUUGUGCAAUAAAAGUGAUUAGUUUGGACAGUGUAUCUUUUGUUUUGAUGAAGUUUUUGUAUGGUUGUAUUGAAAACUUUGUUGAAAAUGUACAUAAAUCCCAAAACCUUUAUAUAUUU